GAACUGGAAAGAAAUAGAAGACCUACACGUCCUGCACCAUACAUUAUUCAACCAAAACCAGAUACCGUCAAAUCAUACCAUCCUUCUAAGAACAAUAAGAAUGAGUCGCAACAUUCACAAUAUGAUACAACGAAUCAAGAUACAAUGAGACAGUUCUCUUCAUCCGCACUAAGCUUAGAAAAACAGCAUGAGGAGUCACAAACUACACACUCCAAAUCACAAAUGAGCAAGCGCACCAUAACAGAUACGAUUUCUUAUGACUCGUACAAUCGUUAUGGAUUGGAUUGGAUGGGUAAAGUCGUCGAAUUGGAAUGGGCUGAAAGCCACUCUACACACAGUACUGGCACGCGUCAAAAAAGAACUCUUGUUAAUUUUGAUGUUGGUGUAGGUUCUCUUGGAUUAACAUCUGCUGAUAACACAAAAUUUAAACUGUAUGGCAAAGAGACGACACUCAAGAAAGGAAGCAUUGUACACGUUGUCAUGGAAACAUAUGACAUUCAUGGCAAUUCAAAACGUCGAGGGGGUGAUUUCUUUUCGGCUGUCAUGUCCAAUGACGAACUACAGAAGUAUACAUCCGGUAGAGUGAUGGAUUAUGGGAAUGGCACAUAUUCAGUAUUUUUUUAUGCGGCAUGGACGGGGGAUGCUUAUAUAUACGUAUCGCUCGUACUAUUCCGAGAAGAAAUUGACUUUGUCGUAAAUGUUAUCAAAGAAAGCAAAGUUUUGCAUUUUCGUGCUCAAUUCGUUGAUGGAGAAACACGUGAAUAUGUUAAUUGUCAACUAGAGAACAACGGAUUAUGGAAAGAUAAAUGUACAUAUACAAAUCACAAUUCCCUGGGGAUAACAACAACAAUUGCUUGCAACAAGCCAAACAAAUUAGGAUGUGACAAAAUGUAUGAUCUUAUUACCUAUUAUUGCAAGCUACCAUCACCAACAUUGCCUGUAUGUGGUCCUGAUUUACCAAUUCCUAUAACUGAUGGAUAUUGGGAAAAUAACGUUACAUUCAUUCCUAUGGUUUGUCAAAGUAAGCAAUGGUCACAGAUAGAAGCAAACAAAUGCUUGUCGAAUAAACUUUUCAAAAUAUAUGGAGAUUCUACAUCGGAGCAAGUUCAACGUAGAUUGUUUGGCGCACUCAGAAGCUAUUCCAAUAUAGAACACCAGUUUAUCGCCCCGCGCCUUGGUGGCGGGGCAAGGUUAGUGAACAAUAUGGUUAUGGAAAGUGACUACUUGGACAGUCUUCCACAAGAAGCAUGUACCGCAAAACAGCUCAUUGUAAUUUUGAAUUUCGCUUUUCAUUUUCGAGUGUGGUCGAAUAGAUCUUUCUUGGAAAGAAUUUUCCAUGCAAGGGAGGCGGUAAAGAGAUUAAUGAGGCGAUGUCAUGACAAUGUACUCAUCUUCAUUAAGAUGGCACAUCCACCUGGGUAUGGAAAACAAUCAGUCCGUAGCAGCAACUGGACUUACUAUGCGCUGAACCGUAUGAUUCGAAGCGUCUUUGGCGGCAUUGGUGUUCACUUCUGGGAACUUUGGGAUUUGGUUGAUUCUCACCCAUCACCCAAUGUGGUUCAUGUGUCCAAAUACCUCCUCGAUCAGCAAGUACAGUUGUUAUUUUCGUACAUUUGUCCUAAAUUUGGAGCAAAAAACUAG